AAAAUAAUAAAUUUUAGUUGAAUAUAAAACGCGAACCACUUCCCGGAUAUGAUAAGGCUGUCAGAGUGACUCUUCAGUUGAAGUAAAUCUCUCAAACACUCCCUUACCGUCUAAAAGUGCCAAAAACCCUCGAAAACCAGUCGGACCUGAGUACUCCAGGGUCAUUCAGCUCUGCGACACUGUUCUGGGGGACGUGCUCAAAAUUCUAAAAGUCGAGAUCGUGGUGGGAGUUGGGAGAUUUGCGGAAAAGAGGGCCAGACACGUCGUUAAAGCUCAAAAGUUGUCAACACAAGUCGUUUGGAUACCCCAUCCCAGUCCACGUGCCGCAGGCUACCAGGACUGGAGUAUAUGUGCCCAGAAGCAUCUGCACGACCUAGACCUCUUGAAAUUCUUCAGCAAUGAAGCAAACCUCCCUCCAGCAAUCGUCAUCCCUUCAAAUUCCGAGCGACGAUACCCUCAAGUGGAUGGAUGUGGCCCUUUCCAAGGCUGAAGAAUCCUUUAGAGCUGGAGAGGUGCCCGUGGGAUGUCUCUUCGUCUACGAGGGGGAAAUCAUAGCCACUGGGAACAACAGAGUCAACGAAACACGAAAUGCCACACGUCACGCUGAGAUCAAUUGCAUCGACGAUGUUCUGGACUUCUGCAAGAUCAGGGGUCUUGACUACAAGGAAGUUUUCAGUCAACUCGAUGUCAUUGUCACGGUGGAGCCCUGCAUCAUGUGUGCUGCUGCUCUUCAGGAACUCAAGAUACGAAGCAUUGUCUAUGGAUGCAAUAACGAUCGGUUUGGAGGGUGUGGAAGUGUCUUCGAAGUAUCAAGCCUUUACGAGGAUGGGGUCAGGGUGACUGCAGGAGUCAAAGCAAAGGAAGCCAUGAGAUUGCUCAAAGAAUUCUACAAGGGUACUAAUCCCAAUGUUCCUGUCGAGAAGAUGGCAAAGGGGAGGAAGAGGAAGGGGAGAAAGGCCACUAAAAAGGACGAUGUGCAAUGAUUUUUUUUAUAUUUAAUUUUAUUUUAAAUAUAGUUUGAAUCAUAGAAAAAUUGAUUGGCCACAAUAAGGAUACUUUUUUGUUUCAUAAAUACUAUUAUUAUUAUCAUUAUUAUUAUUAUUAUUAUUAUUAUUAUUAUUAUUAUUUUGAUAAACAUUUGUACAUUAUUUUUUUGUUGAAUUUAGUUGUACCAAAAGUCUAUUUCGGAAAUCAAACUCUGAAUGAUUUUCAUAUUUAUGCACGUAUUUAUAUAUUAAUGAUUUUAGUAAACAAUCGAAUGAACGAAUUAAUCAGUGAAAAGUAAUUCCUACUCAUUAAAUAAUAUUAAAUUCAAUCUAUUGGUGGUAUCUCAUAAAAUUAUUGAGAACAUGAGCAGGAAAUAUAAAAGAAAGGGAAAAGUACGAUAUGCAAUUAUUGUUUACAUUAAGUUUAUUUAAAAUAUACUUUGAAUCAUGAAAAACUUAAUGUAUUAGAGGAGGGAACAACUGUGAGAUUUUUGUAUUUGAUAAAUAUUUAUAAAUUAUU